CGAACACUUUAACGUGAACGAGCUUCGUGGCGGAAGAGGAGCGUGUCGGCGGUUUGGUUUCACACCGUCAGAGGUUUGGUGGAAGAAGGUUGCUGUAAACUUUGUUCGGAAUCAAACUUUAAAUGUGUCCGAUCACCAACCGGAAGCAGCCGCCGUGUGUUUGACUCAAGAUGGAUGGUGAAGCAGGUCUGAGCAGUUAAGAGGAAAAGAAAAGGCUGCACAAAAAGUUUUGAUGGAGGAACCAAAGCCAGAUUUUGAGGAACAUGACAUUAAGGAACCAAAAGGCUCCGUCAGCAAGAUGACACAACAGUCUGUCUCCUCUGCAGGUGGAGCAGACUUCCUGUCUGCCUCUUCAGUCUGUGAGCUCCAUGACAGAUGGAGGGAGAGAGGAGGAGGAGGAAGAACCGGAGGAGAGGCAAGUCCAAGCUCCCUGCUCGAGUACACCGUGUAUCUACAUGACCAGCAUGACACCGUCACCCCUCCUGUCACCCCUCCUGUCACCCCUCCUGUCACCCCACCAACCCAGAGGCCUUGUCCGUUCACAUCUCCACCUUCAGUGCCAAACGUGGCUGCUGCAGUCAACUCUGCAGAACCAGGUGUCUCUGGCCCCAUGACGGACCCCUGCUGUUCCAUGUGCAGUCCCGCUGCUUCAGGCUGGGAGCCUCUCAGAUCCACAUCCAGGUUUCCCAGCUGCUCUGAUGGAGAUCCUGUCAGUGCUGCUGCUCACCUCCACCUCCUGGGGGAGUCCUUGUCCCUGAUUGGACACCAUCUUCAGGAAACAGAUAAAAUGUUGAACGUGUCCAUCAGCUUGUCUCUGCUCCUCGACUCUCUCCUGUGUGCCUUGGCCCCAAUAAUCUGCCUGACCACACAGAUACCGGAGCUCAGGAGCUGCACACAACACACAGUGGUGAGAGACGGACACCGCACACUGUCCACAUGUGACACUAUUUAUCUGUCAGUAUUUUAUGACAUAAGGAGGAAACAUCAUGUCUCUUUUGAAGGCCUCCACUCUGGAAAACAUUGCCUAUAUGAUGCCUGGGCUGUGAGUGAUGAUGGAGACCACACUGGCACAUGUGCUCUGAUAGGUUGAAAGGCACUUCAGUUUAUUUUACUUUGGAAAAAGUAAGAAUCAAAUCUAUUUCAUUAUAAACUAAUAUUGGUUUGCACUUUAUUUUUCUGUUAAUAUACUUGAAAGCAUUAGUUUAUGUAUUGGUUGUAUAAUUAAAAGGCAUAUUUGAACACUU